UUUAAUCUAGGACAUACAUUUCUUGACUUUUUGAAAAAACUUUAUUUUCUUCAAAAAAAAUCGUGUUAAAAAUAUUAUUUUUCCAGAAUGGUUUAAUGUUGCACGAAUAAAAAACUUUCAAAAAUUCGAAAAAGAUAUGUCCUAGACGAAAUAUUCGUCUUUAAAAUGAGACCUUGUUCAUUAAAAUUCGUCAAAAAUUACGCCUGUUCACAUUGUUGGCGUAAAUACUGUUUUCGACGUUUUUCAUGUAAAAAAAAUUUUGUACUGUGGCGUCUUUCGAAAUUUGCAAUACUAGGGAAGAAGUUUGUACACCCACUACUGAUUUCUAUAUCACGAAGAUUAAUAUAAGAUUAAAUGUCACAAGAAUUUUUACGUGCGAGGAACUUAAAAUAAUUUUAAUAUAAGAUUCCAAUACUUAAAAAAUUUUUAUCUCGGGUUGAUUGAUCUUGUGCAAUAUAAACAUAUUCUGUUUUUUAAUUAACUUCUUUUCUUUCUCCAACUUCUUUUUUUAUUUCAUAUUCCUUUCCUUUCUCUUCUUCUCUUCUUUUUUUCCAUGGAUCAUCGAGGAAUCAUCGAGUGAUAGAUUUAUCAUUGAUUUUUUAUGUAAAAAUAUGGGAUGAAUAGGGAGAACACUCACGCGUGUGUCGGUGGGCACAAGCGUUAAAAAUCUUAUCGGGAACUUAAUUUUAUUUGCUUGAAAAUUCGAUUAGAUUAUCUCGCGAAAGUGGAUUCUAGAAUAUAUGGCAUCGUUAUCCCGUGGGUCUCCAAAUGCAGCAACCUUUAUUUGAUAAGACCUAGGUAUUUAUUAUGUGAAAUUCUCAAGUGGGGUCUUUUGGCACAUGCAUAAAAGUUAGAAAGUAAUAUACUUACAAUAUGAAUUUACGAGAACCAAAAAAGAAACAAAAGGCAAGAGUACAAAAUAAAUCUCCUCUACCAAUUGCAUUAAAUGAAGCAGAAUGGGUUGUUUAUACAGCUUAUCUUACAGACAUUGGAUCUUGCAUUACUGAUUCAGAUGAAAUUACAGCAGUACAUUCCAUGGGAUUUUUUGGUAAGGGUUCUCUAUCACGAAGCUAUCCAUCAUUUGGAAAAGCUCGAUAUGGAGCCCCACCUCUUAUUAGAAAUAGGCAAUGGGUUCGUCGACAAGAGUGGUUACAAGAAGUUAAAUUACUUGACAAUGAAUUCUAUAGAGAUAAUAGUCAUAAUGAAAACUCUAUAAAAUCUAUGACAAAUGAUAAUUGUGUUGGUGAUGUAUCAAAUCAAUCUACAGAUACAAAGAAAAGAGAAGAACCAUUCAAUAAUGAAAAAAAACAUGAAGAACCAGAUAUCAUGGAAAUUGAUAUGAAUAUACCUAAUAUGCCAAAAAAUAAAGACAGCAAACAAAUAAUCAAUGAUAAUGAGUUCUGUGAAAUAGUUCCUUGUUCUUCUGAAGAAGAUGUAUGUGUAAUUAUUAAACAAUCUAAAAAAGACAUUGACAAAUCGGUUGUUAAAGAAAGUGAUGAAAAAAAUUUAGAAGAUCAACAUAUAGAUUUGAAUAAUCCAGGCAAUCGUAAUUCAGUAAUAGCAAGUAUGCAUAUUGAAAGAGGGAAAAAUGAUAUACAAGGAAAGUUAUUAAUUCUUCCAGACAGUGAUUCCGAAACAGAAAAUUAUCUAGAAAAUAUUAAACCAAGAAUUGAAUCUGAAAGCUUUCCAGUCAGGGAAUCUCUACAUAUGACUUUUGAAGAAACUUUUUUCCUUAUGUUUGGUUUAGGUUGUCUGCGACUAAUUCAUUUUGAUAGUACUUUAAUGGAUAUUAAUAGUGCUUGGUUAUAUUUUUGCAAGGAGGAUAAAAAUUUUAUACAAAAAUAUGUUGUAUACCAUUAUUUUCGAAGUAAGGGUUGGGUAGUUAAACCAGGCCUUAAAUAUGGAGGAGACUUUUUAUUGUACAAACAAGGACCACCAUUUUAUCAUGCCUCUUAUAUAGUAAUAAUAGAUGUUGUGGAUGCAGAUUUAUUGACUAUAAUUCCCAGUAAAUGUAUUCGAAAGAUGACCUGGAGUAACUUAUUUGGAUUAGAUCGCCUAGCUGAAAGUGCUGCUAAGGAAAUAUUAUUUGCACAAGUUUUGUGGCCUUCAUCAAUAUCUUUGAAUUCUGGCCCUCCCAGUCCACAUAUGCUAUCUGAAUUCACAGUGAGAGAAUUAUUAUGGAGGCGAUGGAACCCAAAACAAAAUCAAGAUGUAAUAAUUGUAGAAGAAGAAGAAGAUGAUGAAGAUUCGUGUUAAAAGCAGUCAAUAUAUAAUUUAUUUAAAAAUAUCUGAUUACAAAAAUAAAAAUCUGUAUUUCUAUCAUUUGUUUUUUAUAAAUUAAAUUUUACUUUAUAGCAAAAUGCAAUUUGUAUAUGUUUAUACUUAUGAAUAAACUCGUUUAAUACUCUUUAUUAAGUUA